UGACUAGGGCUCCGGUGCUCUGAAGUCGGGCGCGGGACGCUGGGCGGGCGGGGCCCGCGCCCUGAGGCAGAGGCCAAAGGGGGCGCGGACUUAUAGGAAGUGCAGGGCAGAGCCCGGGGCACCUGCCCUUGCUGCCUGCCCCGCCGCUUCUCAGCUCCGCGCAGGCGAAGCUGCUGGGGGACGGAGCAUUGGCCUCCUGCCGGGUCCGCGUUCCCGCCUUCCCGCCUUCUGCGUCCAGCCUAGUGACAGUGGUGAGUCCCUGGCCCUCUCCGAGCGGAGUCUCCUUCUCUGUCACUAGAGGAUGAGACUGGAGUGCGUACCUUUCAGGGUUGUUGUGAGGAGUACAAGAAUAAAGUACUUAGUGAUAGUAGAGAAGGACUGGAACCAAUCUGAAUGUCUCACUCGGAUAUUGGUUACGAAACUGGAGCACAUACUGAGAAAUCUCCCAGAAAUAUUGUUAGGUGGAAAAGCAAAUUACAAAAUAGUUUGUGCAGUAAGACUUCAUUUUUGUGAAAACACACAUAAAACACUUUUUCUUUUCUAUAGAUAUAUUUUUAGUAAAUGCACAGGGAAAGGUCUCGGAGGUUAUAUGUCAAACUUAAUGAGAGGGUGCACUACAAUGUGGAAGUCAGUUUCUCUUCUAUGUGUAAAUCCCACUUUUUAAUUACAAUUUAUUAACGAUUGCAAGAGACUUGGUGUUUCUUAUCGAAACAAACAAACCACAGAAUUCCAAAAUACACAUUUUUCAGGACUUUUGUGAAGAGUAGCAGUGUAAGGUAUUUAUAUGUACCUUGGAUAAAUGGCUUAGGGUGGUGUCUGAUCCCUUUGCUGACACCCUGGGGCCACAUAUUUUAGAAUUUAGAAUUUUUCAAAUUUGAGAAAGAUAUACAGUAACCUGACAACAGAAAAGAGCAACACUCAAUCAAACGUGUUAAUUUUUUACGGAAGAAUAUAUAAUACACACAAAAAUAUGCAUGGUAAGAACUGCUUGAUGAAUUUUUACAAACUGAUCAAAUACAUUAAUAUCUAUGCUGUAUAACAUUUGAACAUUUGCAUUAGGUGGGAUAAAUGAAGAUUACAGAUUUGCUGUUAUCAUUAGGCCAGGUAAUGAAAACCUGGGAGUUUGAGAUGUCAGAGCUGAAGAUUGCAGGCUCUAGACCUGUGUUGGUAAGAGAAUGUUACAUGAGCAAGGCAUUAAAGGGGAACCUAAAAAAAUCUUCAGGAACAAGAAAGGAUGGGAGCUGAAGUCCCUGGAUAGCUCUUCGGGCUGGUGUUUGCUUAUGUACUGCCUCCUGCCCCCACCCCUCCCUCCUCGCUGCUUUGCUCUUUUCCCAGGAGUGUGUUCAGAUGCUGGCCUGGCGGCUACAGGGAGACUGAAAGACAGGCACCUGAGCCUUAGGCCAGGGGAAUGGCAGCCCCCCCAGAGCCUCAAGACCAGGCCCCUGGGGAGGGAGAAGGGCUUCUAAUCGUGAAAGUGGAAGAUUCCUCCUGGGAUCAGGAGUCUGCCCAGCAAGAGGAUAGCAGGGAUUCCGAGGCCUGCCGCCAGCGCUUUCGGCAGUUCUGCUACAGUGAUACAGGUGGACCCCACGAGGCCUUCAGCCAGCUCUGGGAGCUCUGCUGUCGCUGGCUGCGCCCUGAGCUGCGCACCAAGGAGCAGAUCUUGGAGCUACUGGUGCUGGAGCAAUUCCUGAGCGUGCUGCCUGGGGGUGUCCGGGACUGGGUGCGAGAGCAGUGCCCACGGAGUGGUGAGGAAGCUGUUGCCUUGGUGGAGGACCUGCGGAAGCAGCCAGUGAGAGCAUGGCCAAAGGAUGUGCCCUCAGAGGAGGUGGAACCUGAGGCCACAGUCCAGGGAUCCCAGGCCAAGAGGCCUCCCCCGAAGAUAGGGGCACGAAGCCGGCUGCCUGUUCCCUGGGAGCAUCACAGCCAUGGUGCCCAGCCUCGUGCUCUUCUUAAAGAGGGGAGUACCAAACAGAUGACGAAUACCUGCUUUGCCUCUGGGGUCCAUGGACCUGUGACAUUUGGAGACAUUCCCUUCUAUUUUUCCCAGGAAGAAUGGGGGUCCCUGGACCCUGCUCAGCGGGAUCUCUUCUGGGACAUAAAGCGAGAGAAUUCCCGGAAUGUUGCCCUGGGUUUGGGGCUCAAGAGCCAAAGCCAGCGAUCCCAGCUGGAGGAAGCAGUGACAGCGCUCCCAGGCCAGACUGGUGUUGAUGUGACUGUGGCCUGGAACCCUGAGGAGGCCAAGGCCUGGGAGAGUGAGGCCCGGCUGGGGGCACCCAUGGGCCGGGCAGCGGGCGUGCGGCGGGGGCGGCCACCAACACGCAGGCGGCAGUUCCGUGAUCUGGCGGCUGAGAAGCCGCACAGCUGCGGACAGUGCGGCAAGCGCUUCCGCUGGGGCUCAGACCUGGCGCGCCACCAGCGCACGCACACAGGCGAGAAGCCGCACAAGUGUCAGGAGUGCGAGAAGAGUUUCCGCAGCUCCUCAGACCUGGUGCGUCACCAGGGCGUGCACACGGGCCAGAAGCCGUUCUCCUGCUCAGAGUGCGGCAAGAGCUUCAGCCGCAGCGCCUACCUAGCGGACCACCAGCGCAUCCACACGGGCGAGAAGCCCUUCGGCUGCAGCGACUGUGGCAAGAGCUUCUCGCUGCGCUCUUACCUGCUGGACCACCGGCGUGUGCACACCGGCGAACGGCCCUUUGGCUGUGGAGAGUGUGAUAAGAGCUUCAAGCAACGCGCCCACCUCAUUGCCCACCAGAGCCUGCAUGCCAAGAUGGCCCAGCCCAUGGGAUGAGGGGUGCGGUGAGGAUUCGAGGGAUCUCCCCUAGGAUGAAGCAGCAGCAUGGCCACCUUCUUCCACUGCCACUAUCUGUAGCCACCACCUUGCUGCUUGCCCUGCCUUUCUGUGCCCCAGGACCUGGCCAGCACUUCGAAGGAAUGGAAAUCCCCUGUGACCUCAUUACCAUUCUUCCUACUCUGAGGGUUUCUCUUGCCCUCUGGCUUCCUGGAGCCCUAGCACAUUCCUGGCCCAUGACCUUAGCAUGGGGGAAAGACUGGGGCAGCAAGGAAGUGUGAAAACUCCAGCAGGGCCUGGGGUCCCCCAUCCAAGGAAUCCCCGCUUCUCAGUCUUGCUUGCCCCAUGGCUUUUUGUUCCCUACCUUCUUAGCUGGGCCCAUGAGCCAGGCUCUCUGCCCUGCCAACCUGUGCCUGCCUUCAGGGGUGGAGGACAGGCCUUGAUCACCAGGGGCUGCCAGGCUCUGGGAGGCACAGUCAACCCACACCUGUGAGGAUCUGGGUCCUGGGUGUGGCCAGAAGGGCUUUCUGGAAUCCAGCCCUUCCCAUUUCCAGGCCAUGACCACUGUGCCCUGACCUGGUGACACCAAAGGAAGUUGCCUGCUGCCACACUCUGCUAACAUGCCCCUGCAUGAGUCUUCAGAGCCACCCCUUGAUGAGGCUAGUGGUGGCUCCAGGACACAGGCCGGCCAUACAAACCAGGAGCAGGGCUGGCUCCCAUGCUCCUCUCCUGCAGAGGCAUGGGGUUUAUAGUACUUAACACUAGCACUGUCAGCGCUUCUCACUGACUCCUUAGGCACUGCAUUCCAUGGGAUUGCAUCAUCUGCAGAUUGGCAUUCACAGGGACACACCACAGGCUCUCCAAAGGAGCUCCACCCAUUGUGCCUCAAAAGGGCAGCAGAAGAGUUUGAAUAAAUGUGGAAAAUUCUUC